UGAUCGUGUCCGCUCGUGUCUCGCCGCCGUCGGGGAAGUAUUUUUGCUGAGCUGGUCCCGUGUUUACAUCCGGAGGACUCGUCGCGAGAUCGGCCCGUUCCCUUCCACCGCGUCUCCCCGCCCACUCCGCACGAGUUAUCGGCCGCCAGCCGCCUUUCUCCGAUCGCGAUCACGUCGCGAUCGUCGCGGAUCCUUCCCGGCACUUUCCCGUCGACGGCGAGAGAGAGAAAGACAGAGAGAGAGCGAGGCGGACGCGUGGUUUGGUCUGGUUUGACGUGGACCUCGUGUUUUGAUCCGUGAAGCUCCACCGGCGCGCACGCGAUGAAGGUGACGGUGACGACGCUCAGCGACGACAGCGUGUUCGUUCUCGACGUGAGCGAGGAACUGGAGCUGGAGAACUUCAAGGCGUUCUGCGAGAUCGAGAGCGGCGUGCCGGCCCACGAGAUCGUGAUCGCGUUCAACGGCCGGCCGCUCAUGGACGACAAGAAGUCGCUGCGCGACCACGGGAUACGCGACGGCGACGCCGUCAUCCUCCAACACAUGCACCAGAGCGGGGGCAGCGAUCUGAACAUGCAAGGACCCUUCAACAGAUCCAUUCCAAUACUGGACUUCAGUUCCAUCAGAAUUCCCGGGACCAGCAAUAAUCAGCGCCCGUCGCCGGUCGCGAACAACAGAGUACAAAAUCCCCGCAGCGAGGACGAUCCGGCUAUGAUAAAGAACAUGUUCCUGGCCAAUCCGGAUCAGCUGGCGUUGCUGAAGCAGAAUAAUCCCAGAUUGGCCGACGCGCUGCUGUCGGGAAAUCUUGAUAGAUUUUCGACUGUACUCAGAGAGCAGAUAGCCGCUCGAGAAGAACGGCAAGCGCAACGGCUGAGAAUGAUGAACGCCGAUCCGUUCGACACCGAAGCGCAGCGGCUGAUCGCCGAAGAGAUCAGGCAGAAGAAUAUCGAGGCAAAUAUGGAGGCCGCGAUGGAGUACAAUCCCGAAACCUUCGGCACCGUCGUCAUGUUGUAUAUUAAUUGUAAAGUCAACGGAUUUCCGGUUAAGGCAUUUAUUGACUCAGGUGCACAAACUACUAUUAUGUCCGCUGCCUGCGCCGAGAGAUGCCACAUUAUGCGUCUAGUCGACACAAGGUGGGCGGGAGUCGCCAAAGGCGUUGGAGUACAACGCAUAAUCGGUCGUAUACACAUGGUACAAAUACAGAUCGGCAACGACCAUCUGACAACAUCCUUCAGCGUCCUUGAGGAACAGCCUAUGGACAUGCUGUUGGGCUUGGACAUGCUCAAAAGACAUCAGUGUUGCAUAGACUUGAAGAAGAAUGUCCUGAAAAUCGGAACUACAGGCACUGAAACUACAUUUCUGGCGGAAGGCGAUUUACCGGAGUGUGCAAAAUUGAGCGGGAACAGCGAUGAAUCCAUAGACGACAGGGAUCUCCAGCGAGCUCUCGAGGAUAGUACGAGGGAUGCUAAGAAACAGAGGCAGCAGCACGACGGGCAAGGCAGCAGUAAUCAUGGGUCAUCAAGACCCGCCGCCGCCUUAGAGACUACAAUCUAUCCGCAUGAUCCGUUCACGGAAGCCACGGUUAAGGAACUGGAGGCCCUGGGUUUCACCAGGGCACAAGUCAUUGCGGAAUUGCGUAGGUUUAACGGGGAUAAAACGCAGGCUACCGCCGCGCUGUUUGCGAAAUCAUUAAAAUUUUGAAAGUUGUCACGUGCGAUUCGAGUACGCGAGCUAUCGUGAAAGAGGAGACAGGCGUAGAUCGAAAUUGUGAAUAUAAGAUAGGCAAUAAAAGGAUGGUGAGGAUAAACAACGUUCGAAACAAUUGUUAAGUAUUUUCGUCAUCAACAGCUGUUUGAUAUACUUCUAAUUACAGUUGAUACUCCGUUCUGUGAAAUCGUUGAAAUCGAACUUGUUAAUAUGAAACUUCCUCGUAAUCUCCAUUCUAAUGGUACAUUUAUUCUAACAUCAUUUGAAUGAAAAUGCUAUUAUGGUCUGUCUGUUAUUUGCUUCCUAAUACAUACAGUCACAUAAAUGAGAGUGCUACGGAAGAACAUAAUUUUUUGAGAUUUCAACCGAUUCACAAAACGGGGAAGGUACACUACAAUAUGGCCCGUUAGUAAACGGAGAUUUUGACAAUAGCGGUGAUAUCGAAAAAUUUUUAUAGCUCGGAAACAAAUGGAAGAACAUUGAAAAACGCUGGAGAAUACGCGCAUUAGAUUGAAUCUUAUAAAAGUUUCAAGUUAAGAUGACGAGAAGUUAUAUUUGAAGUAUACUUCCUUGUAUAUUUUCUUACGCAUACGCGCAACGCCUAAUUGCAUUAUUUCCAAAGUAUAUAUAUUGUGUAAAUAAAAUAUAUAUACUAUUGUGCUAUGUUACAAUUGAUUAAAAGAGGAAUUAAAUUGUUACGUGACCUAAUACUUAAUGUAAUAAAUUGCAUUAUGCAUACUUGCAAGAUAUAAUUAUACAUUAUAUAUCAAGAUUUAGUUUGGAUGCCACAUGAUCUUGUAAAAUAAGACUUGUGUAUACGUAAUUGCGCUGAGGAGAGUCAGCAUAAAUAAUUAAGCGAUAAGAUUUUUCUACACGCCCCUCGAAAGAUGCAUGUAUCUUUCGCGGUAGGUAUUCUUUGUAGUUUUUUCAUUUACGCGGUGAAUAUGGACAAAUGUAUAUAUCUAGUAUUAAUAGACUCUAAAUAAAUCGAGCACGAAAUGGGAUAGACAGAA